AUGGAUGACCCGGCUUCCCGUAUCUCGCAGCAAUUGCUGCCGCACAUGCACCUUGUGUCGCUCAAUCGAUACCCCAAUAUGCACAUGAUGCCGACCGAGACGGCCGUGGAAUAUUUGGCUAGCGCUCCUCGUAUCUGCCAGUCACAACCUAUGAGUUGGACCUUCUUGGAUGGACCAGCUGAUGGCACUGUGAUGCUAACAUGGCAGCCACAUGGCCAUAUGGGCGCCAACUUCGCCAGUGACGGUCAUGUCUGGGCCGACGUGGAGCAAGCUGUUCCCUUCGAAGUCCGAGGAUACACUGUCGAGAUGUACACCCACCGCAGUGGUUACCAUCCUCCGAACGAAACCGUGGCCACUCACUGCCGCAAGCGCUAUCGCAUUGUCGCCUGCAACAUCCCGAAUGCUCCCCAGCCUGAUCCCUCAUUGUGGAUUGUUCAUUAUUCGCGCGCACCUCAGCAAGACCAUGUUCCCGCGAACCGCAUCCCUGUUCCCCCGCCGGUGCAGAACAUGAUGGCCCAGCGACGAUUCUUGCAGAGUCAGGGCCAGCUUCUCCGUAAAGAAUUUCUGCUUCAUGACCGAAACAACUGGCCUACGAUCAACUUCCCCCCACAGGCCGUUCCGCAGCAAUUUGCACCGCCCCAACAACCUUACCAAGCCGCCCAGGGCCAGGUGCCCCGGCCAGGUUUUUACCCGCCGCAGGGGCACCAAGUGCCCGCUCCAGCCCAGCCAAAACCAGCUCGCGCACAUCGUGCUUCAUCGGCCGCCGUCGCUGCUGCAUCGGCCGAUUUCGCCUUGGAAGAUGAGGAUGUUUCAAGCGGCGAUGUGUUGGACCUUGUGACACCUCGGGAGGUCAGCAAGAUGCGCUACGUGCAGCAUCAUGAAUGGAUGGAGGAAAUCUUUGCGUCCCCGUAUGCUAUUUCGCAGAUUGCUCCAGUGUCCCUUGGCCUUGGUCGAAAGGGUGAGCUAGAGUCUCUGACCGCAGGCUUCUUCGAUGCACCUGGGCCUAGUGGAGAAGGCCAAGGAGCAGGCGAUGCGCCGGAUGCGACUAAGAUGGAACCAGCCAAGGCGGAAGAGUUUGCGGACCGCGUUGCUAAGAAGGUUGCCGAUAUGACCGCUGAGAUCGAGAAGCUGAAGAAGCAACACGCACGGCGGAUGGAGCGUUUCAACCGCAGCUCUCUUUUUAAGGAUGCGGAGCUGCGCCUUCGUGAGGCUGCUACCGACCCCACCCAAACUGGCCCAGAGGUCUGGCGACUGGAAGGCCGAAUUGAUAUUCCCAACGAAGACGAUGAAACACCCCAGCUAGAGUACGUGGAAGACAAGGCCAAAUACCGAGUCGACGAUGUGGUGCGCGAUGUAGAGAGCUCGUGGAAGAAACAGAUCGUGCCUGAACCCAAGGUUUCAUGUGUGGAGAAGGGCGGUCUGUUAGAAAAGAUCGAACCCGAGCACAAAGAAGAGCCAGAAUCCUUUACCAAUGACAUGAUGUUGGAUCAAGGAGAGUCGCACCUGUUGAACCAAUUUGGCAGCCCGGCUGCUGAUAACAACGGCAGCGCACCUGCACAGCCUAUGCCGAGCGCUGAGAUCUCAGCCGACGUCGAGAUGGACCUGGGUGACCAGCUCACUGCCGGUCGCGCGACCGGCGAGACUGGCGACUGGGUUAUGGUCAAUGAUGAAAGCAAAGAAGGUGCACCGGCUCCUGAAGCCGGAGACGCAAGUCUUGAGACGACCAACUUCGACGAUUUCACCAACAUUGAUAGCGCAGGCGAUGCACUUGCUGCUUAUACCGAACAAAAUGACGAGCUUGACCUUCCUGACCUGGAGAAUUCGGCAUUCGGUGAUGCCUUCCAUGCCUCAGACAAUGAGCAUUCUCACAACCCGGAUGCGGACGAGAUUUCUUAG